UCACAUUUUAAUCUUAUAAGUGCACUGGUGGCUUGUAAGCAGAGAUUUAUUGAGAUUUAGCUCAAACCUAAAACAGUGCAAACUAUGAAGGUGCACACACACACACACACACACACACACACACACACACACGCACACACUUUCGGUUUUUCAGAACAGCAAACAACUUCUACUUACCUACUGUUGUUCUACUGCAUUCACCUGAGAAUCAAAUAAAAACUUGGUGGUGAAGAAGAAUUUUCCUGUUACUUUUUUUUAAUGACUUUGGCCUUACAAUAAUGGCAAAAAAAGGUCUGUUUUUGGGAUGAGCAAUGGGUAAAUCUUUAACCCACUUUGCUGUAUGUUUAUGUGACUUGUGGAGACUCUGUGUUUGGACAGGGAAAGGACAAAUCAGUACAGUAUAGACGCACACAGACAAGUACACAAGAUAAGAAAUGGUAGAUGAGAAAAUCAUAGCUAGUUCAAAUAGCUGUAGACAAACAGGACUUACUGCGAAUGGUCUUUGAUGAUUUCUCUCCUCGUCUUCACUCUUCAAUCGAUCUUAACGAUUUGACUACUGUCCACUGAGAGUUCAACUUUUUUUUGAGUGCAGUUUGAGUGCAGAGUCUACCAGGAUUUGCAGAGAUGGCCUCCGCAGCAGUGGAGAUGAUGGGAUUUUUUCUGGGCAUUUUCGGGAUGACUGGAACUUUAGUUGCCACUCUGCUGCCUUACUGGGAGACCUCAGCCCACAUUGGUCCUAACAUUGUGACGGCCGUGGUUAAUAUGAAAGGCCUGUGGAUGGCAUGUGUCCACCAGAGCACUGGAGCCUUUCAGUGUGAGACCUACAGCACCAUACUUGGCCUGCCCAUGGACCUUCAGGCAGCCCGAGCAAUGAUGGUCAUUUCCAUAAUCUUUUCCGUCUUGGCUUGCUCAGUAUCCAGUAUUGGCAUGCAGUGUACUGUAUGCAUGGAUGGCUCUUCGGUCAAGACUACAUUAGCUGGAGCUGGAGGGUGUUUAUUUUUAACAGCUGGACUUCUCUCUCUUAUUCCUGUGUGCUGGAAGACCCAUGAGGUGGUGCAGACAUUUUACCAGUACAGCUUGCCAGACAGCCUCAAGUAUGAGAUUGGAAACUGCUUAUAUGUUGGCAUUGCCUCCUCACUCAUGUCUUUUCUAGGUGGAGGAUUGCUGAGCAUGUCCUGCUGCAAUAACCUAGACUCAAGGCAAGGCUUUAGACGAAGCGGUAGGGGAUAUCCAUACCCUGAUCGUUCAGGGAUGGGCGGUACAGGCAGAGGAAUCUCAAAUUCUGCCCCCUACCAAACUUCAGCUACCUUGCAAAGCCCAAUCAACUUGAACCGCACCAACAGGAACCCGAGCCAGAUUAGCAGCAGUUCCAUAAAACCAGUACAUCAGAAAAUGACAGCCAGCUAUGAUGUCACAGGAUACGUCUGAGGGUUUGUUUUUGCUAUUAUUGCUGCAAUGGACUUCAAAAGACUUAAUUGUUUAUAUUGUACUUGUACUUGUACAAAACACAUUUUUAUUAUUUUUUAUGUUUUAUUUCAGUGAGCAUUACUGGCCCCAAAUUGUAUUUACUAAGACAACUGAAUUGAAUGUGUAUGUUGUUGUGUUUUAUCUUUCACAAACCUUAUAAUAUUCCAUGAGAGACUGAAAAUUUUGAGAAAAGAAUGUCUGUAAAUGUAACUAAUCAAUAGCAGGUCAGUUGACCAGCUGUGCUUUGAAAUUAAGACAUAUAGAGAUGUGCAAUAGACAUAUGCAAUCGAGACUCCUCUGAGUAAAUAAAUAAAGAGCUAAUGUUUUACAAUGA